UCUUAUUUUGAAGGCGUGAUGCGGAAGUCCUGUCCUCCAGUUAAAGCUAAUGCGCCGAUGCUUCGGCCUCGUCUUCCUCUUUAAACUUCAGGUAAAGUGGUGCCCAGGUGAGUCGGGAUGGCUGAGGAACAUUACCUGGAGCUGAGUGAGAACCCGGUCCAGUUUGAGCAUGCGUCGAGCGUCAACAACGUCUUCUUUGAUGAAGCUAACAAACAGGUGUUUGCAGUGCGUUCAGGUGGAGCCACAGGUGUCGUGGUCAAAGGGCCAGACGACAAAUGCAGUGUUGCCUUCAGGAUGGAUGAUAAAGGGGAGGUGAAGUGCAUCAAGUUCUCCAUUGGAAACAAGAUCCUGGCUGUGCAGAGGACCUUAAAGUCUGUGGAUUUCAUCAACUUCAUUCCUGACUAUCCGCACACAGAGUUCACUCAGGAAUGUAAGACUAAGAACGCCAACAUUCUGGGGUUCUGUUGGACCAGCUGGAACGAGACAGUCUUCAUAACAGACCAGGGAAUAGAGUUCUACCAGGUGUUUCCCGACAAGCGCAACUUGAAGCUGCUGAAGAGUCAGAGCAUUAAUGUGAACUGGUACCAGUACUGCCCAGAGACGGCCGUGAUCCUGCUGUCCACCACAGUGCAGGGAAACUUCCUGCAGCCGUUCGCCUUCAGAAACGGGACCAUGACCAAGAUGUCUAAGUUUGAGAUUGAGCUGCCGGUCGUCCCCAAACCUGCCAAGCUGACCCUGUCUGAGCGAGACAUCGCCAUGGCAACCAUCUAUGGUCAGCUGUACGUCAUGUACCUGAAGCAUCACUCGAGGACGGUGAACAGCCCAGGAGCUGAGGUGGUGCUGUACCACCUGUCCAGGGAGGGCGCCUGUAAGAAGAGCCACAUUCUGAAGCUGAACACGACGGGGAAGUUUGCUCUGAACAUCGUGGAUAACCUGGUUGUUGUUCAUCAUCAGAGUUCUCAGACGUCGCUGAUCUUCGACAUCAAGCUGCAGGAGCCAGACUGUGCCGUUAACACUCACCAGCCUGUCCUGCCGGCCCGGUCCAUCCAUCCCUACAGAAUUCCUUUAUCAGGUCCUGCCGCUGUCCCAACCCAGCCUCCGGUUCCGUGUCAGCUGUACUCUUCAUCCUGGAGCGUCUUCCAGCCCGACAUCAUCAUCAGUGCCAGUGAAGGUUACUUGUGGUACCUGCAGGUGAAGCUGCCCCCUACAGUCCACCUGCUGCAGGACAAGGGCAAAUUGAUGGACUUUCUGCUGCGGCGGCGAGACUGCAAGAUGGUCAUCAUCUCUGUGUGCUCACAAGUUCUGGACUGUCAGGAGAAGGGGAGUCUUCCUGUCGUAGCGACAGUCUUCGACAAACUCAACCAGGUGUACAAAGAAUACCUGGAGGCGGAGCAGAGCUACACAGCGGCGAUGGAGUCCGGUCCGAGUCGAGGCGCCGCCGCUCAGAAACGCCCAGUCCGGACGCAGGCGGUCAUCGACCAGUCGGACAUGUACACACACGUCCUGUCGUCGUUCACAGAGAGGAAGGAUGUGUCCCAUAAAUUCAUCAUAGCUGUUCUGAUGGAGUACAUCCGCUCUCUGAACCAGUACCAGAUCACAGUCCAGCAUUACCUGUAUGAGCUGGUCAUCAAGACUCUGGUCCAGAACAACCUGUUCUACAUGCUGCACCAGUUCCUGCAGUACCACGUCCUGAGUGACUCCAAACCCCUGGCCUGUUUGCUGCUGUCUCUGGAGAGCACCUAUCCUCCAGCCCACCAGCUGUCUCUGGACAUGCUCAAACGCCUGUCGACGGCCAACGAUGAGAUCGUAGAGGUUCUGCUGUCGAAGCAGCAGGUUCUGGCCGCGCUCAGAUUCAUCCGCAGUGUUGGUGGCCAUGACAACGUGUCGGCCAGGAAGUUUCUGGAUGCGGCCCGGCAGACUGGAGACCAGAUGUUGUUCUACACCGUGUUCCGGUCGUUCCAGCAAAGGAACCAGCGUCUCAGAGGAAAUCCCUCCUUCAAUCCAGGGGAGCACUGUGAGGAGCAUGUGGUGCACUUCAAGCAGCUGUUUGGGGAGCAGGCGCUGAUGAAGCCGUCCACAGUGUGAAACUCCAGAACCAAAAACACUCCAUGAGCUUCUCUGAUCCAGCAGAGGACCGAACAGACGACAAAUAUCAGGAAGGUUCUACCGCUCAACGUCCUCAAAGUACAAAUGUCUCUGAAGUCCGACUAAAAACUGCAUCGUGGGACUUCAGAGAAGUAUUACAGGAAAUAUUUAUACUGGUAAACAGUAAUUUAUUUCAAAUUGUCCUGUAUUUAUUUAUCAGACAGAUGUUUUAAACAUAAACGUGCUUAUAAGCUGGAGAUGAAUUGUUUUUGGGUGAGAUUAGAGAGUUUAACUUUCAGAGCCGAUAUGAAGCUUUCUGCUGAAACAUCUUCAUUCUGCAUUAUUUUCUCCACGUCUGGAAAUGAACACUGAGUGGAACAAGAGAUCAGUGAUCAGGUUCCUGGCUGGAGUCCUCCCACCUGUUGUGGGCGGAGCCAGGCUGCACAGGUAGAAGUGAUGUUGCAUCACUAUGAUGUAAAUGUCGUGUAUUAAUUCUGUAAAAUAAAUGAUUUUAAUAAA